AGUUGUAUAUCCCUCUUACUAGUUGCUCCAUUUAGCAUUCCAACUCCUUAUGGCGAGUUCAUUAGAAUGUAAAGUAGAACUUGUCAAUGGUGAAGACAAGAUUCAUAUGGCACAAGAAGACGACGUUAAUGUUGCUAUCCAAUGGACAAGUUCAAUUGUUUUUUCCAUGACAUUGCAUUGCGCUUUCGAGUUGGGCGUUUUCAACAUCAUAGCGAAAUCGGGUGAAGGUGCCAAGCUCUCUGCAGAGGAUAUUGCACUUCAAAUUGGGGGCAACAACCCAGAAGCACCCCAAAUGCUUGAUCGUAUUCUUGGGCUAUUGGCUAGUUAUUCUGUAUUACAUUGCUCUAUUUCUCAAGAUUCACGAAGGCUCUAUGCUCUGACACCUCCCUCCAAAUAUUUUGUGACUAAUGACGAUGAUGGUGUCUCACUUGGCCCCUUAAUGGCUUUAGCUAAAGACAAAGUCGAGCAUGUAAGCUGGAUGGAGCUAAAAGGAGCAAUCCUAGAAGGUGGUUUACCAUUCAACAGGGCUCAUGGCAUGAAUAUCUUUGAGUAUUCAAGGGGAGAUCUCAGGUUUAAUGAAGUUUUCAACAGAGCAAUGCUGCACACAACCACUAUAACUACAAAGAAGAUCCUUGAAGUCUACAAAGGAUUUGAGCAAAUAGGUAGAUUGGUGGAUGUUGGUGGUGGUCUUGGAGUCAAUCUCGAGUUGAUCACUUCCAGAUACCCUCAUCUCCACGGUGUGAAUUUUGAUUUACCUCAUGUCAUCAAACAUGCUCCUGUCUAUGCUGGCGUGGAGCAUGUGGAAGGAGAUAUGUUUGAGAGCGUUCCUAGAGGAGAUGCCAUUUUUAUGAAGUGGAUACUUCAUAAUUGGAGUGAUGAAGAGUGCUUGAAGCUCUUGAAGAAUUGCCACAAGGCUAUACCUGAUGAUGGAAAGGUUAUUGUGGUGGAUACAAUUCUUCCCAUUUUGCCAGUGAAAGGAGCCAAAGUUGCUUUCAUAUGGGACCUCUACAUGAUGACUCAAUUUUCAGGAGGAAAAGAGAGAACCCAGCAAGAAUUCAUGGAUUUGGGAACAGCAUCUGGAUUUACUCGCUUCAAAGUCGUCUGUGCAGUUUCUGAUUGCCUUGUUGAGAAAGAAGUGGUUAGGAGAAAGCAAAUGAUGGAGAAGAUAUGUAAUGCAAAAGGGGAGGGUCUUGAUUAUGCCAGUUUGGUGGAGAUUGUAUUCUCUUGGACUCUCAAGGAUGUUCUCAACGAAAACCUCUGCAAGCACAAAAUACGGAAGAUCCCGCAAACAUUCUUGUCAACUAAAGAUUACAUGAACUCCUUCAUUCCUUCACUCGUUGAGGAAAUUCACAGUGAACUGUCUUCAAGCUUAACAGGCGUGUCUCGAGCUCCCUUUUGUGAAAUCUUGAGUGUUGAACUUGAAAGAUCAAGAAGCUUCACACCUACCAAGGGAUUUUUCUACCAAAUUUCAGUGAAAAGAACCAAUAAUGAUGUCAAAGAUGUUGGAAAAUAUGAGCCUGAGGUUGGAGAUCUAUUUGCCUUCACAGAUGUUAAACCAAAAACUGUAGAUGACCUGAACAGGCCCAAAAGAAACUACCAUAUCGCUUAUGUUCAUGGUUCAAAAGAAAACACUGACAAUAUCUCAAUUCUAUCAUCCAAAUGCUUUGACAUGGACAUUGAGUUAGCCUUGAAGAGCAACAAUGCACCAAAGCUUUAUGCCAUCUAUCUUUUGAACCUGACAACAAAUAUUCGUAUUUGGAAAGCCUUGAACUCCGAGCUGGAGGGUGCAAGCACGACCAUGAUUAAAAAAGUGCUACAAGCUGAUUCAAAUAAUGGAGAAAAUUGUCAUCUUUGCUUUUCUGAGGAAAACCAUAGUGUAGCUUGUUCUAGGGUACAAAACAUAAUCCAGUCUCAGAAUCUGAAUGAAUCCCAGAAAAAUGCAGUUCUAAGCUGUGUUACCAUGAGGGAAUGUCAUCAUAAUGACAACAUUAAACUUAUAUGGGGCCCACCAGGGACUGGCAAGACAAAGACAGUGGCUUCCUUGUUAUUUUCCCUUCUCAAGUUGAAAACUAGAACAUUAACAUGUGCUCCAACUAAUACUGCAGUGUUGGAAGUGGCUUCUCGCCUCCAGAAUUUAGUUAAGGAGUCACUUGACCAUGAUACAUAUGGCUUUGGUGACAUAGUGGUAUUUGGCAAUAAAUCUCGAAUGAAAGUAGAUGGAUAUCGCGGCCUCCAUGAUGUCUUUCUUGAUUAUCGUGUGGAUAAUCUUGUCGAGUGUUUUGCUCCAUUGACUGGAUGGAAACAUUACUUGGAAUCAAUGAUCAAGUUGCUUGAGGACCCCAAAGAGCAAUAUGGUUUGUAUAAGUGUGGCAUAGGUGAUGAGCAAAAAGAUGGCCUUAUGUCAUUAGAAGAGUUUGUUAAGCAAAAGUACAGUUAUGUAGAACUUGCAUAUCGUUCAUACAAGCAACGUGGGAAGAAUGAUGAUCCUCUAACACUAGAGGAAUUUUUGAAGAAAAAAUACUCUUACAUUGAAGCGCAAUACCUUUUGUAUAAGGAUGUACGCAAGAAUAGAGUCAUGACAUUGGAACAAUUUUUUAUGCAGAGAUUCAGUCUCAUUGGAGAGAAACUCAAGGUAUACAAAAGAACAUUGUAUACACACCUACCAACUUCUUUAAUUCCAUUUGAGGAGAUAAAGAAAAUUUCUUCAGCUCUUGAUUUACUAGGAUCUCUUGAAACCUCUUUUAGUAAAGCCAAGUUGAAGCAAACUUUCCAAGGCUGUGAGGAUGAAGAAAGCAUUCUUGACUGCCCUGGAAGGUUAAGAAUAAAAAAGGACUUCCUUCUCAAACUGAGAUCACUUUCCAAGACAAUUUCACUUCCAAACAUUACUGACAAAUAUGGAGUGGCAAAAAUUUGCUUGAUGAAUGCGUGCCUGAUUUUUUGUACUGCAGCAAGUUCUACCAGACUGUUCACAGAUGGAAUGACACCGGUGCAAUUUUUAGUUAUUGAUGAAGCAGCACAGCUAAAGGAAUGUGAAUCAGCCAUUCCAUUGCAGCUGCCAGGCCUCCACCAUGUAGUCCUCAUUGGUGAUGAGAGACAACUUCCUGCAGUAGUCAAAAGCAAGGUUUCUGAAGAGGCUGAAUAUGGAAGAAGUUUAUUUGAGAGGCUGGUAUUGUUGGGAUACAAGAAGCAUCUGCUUAAUGUUCAGUAUAGAAUGCAUCCAUCCAUCAGCUUAUUCCCAAAUAAGGAGUUCUAUGAUGAGCAACUUACUGAUGCCCCCAUUGUCAGAGAAAUGAGCUAUAAUAAGUGUUUUCUUGAAGGAAAAAUGUAUUCUUCAUAUUCAUUUAUAAACAUAGCUAAGGGUAAAGAGCAACAGAGUCAUGGAUACAGUGUGAAGAACAAGAUUGAGGCUGCUGUUGUUUCUAAGAUUAUCGAAAGCCUUGAAAAUGAAUUUUUGAGGACAAAGAAGAAAGUUAGCAUAGGAAUCAUAUCUCCAUAUAAUGCUCAGGUGUAUGAAAUCCAGGAAAAAAUUAAGCAGAACAAUUUGGUUUCUGAUCCUGACUUCGCUGUUAGUGUUCGUUCUGUUGAUGGCUUUCAAGGUGGUGAAGAAGAUAUAAUAAUAAUCUCCACGGUGAGAUCUAAUGAUAAUGCAAAAAUUGGUUUUCUUUCCAAUCGGCAGAGAGCAAAUGUGGCACUGACUCGGGCUAGACAUUGCCUUUGGAUAUUAGGGAAUGCAAAAACUUUAAAAAGUAGUGACUCUGUAUGGAGAAAUCUAGUGCAUGAUGCUGAAGGAAAAGAGUGUUUCCAUAAUGCCGAUGAUGACAAGAAACUGGCAGAGGCCAUUGAGGAAGCCUUGUUUAUAGAAUUACUUGAUGAAUCCGAGUCCCCAUUCAAGAAACUAAGUCUAAGGGAUACAUCACCAACAACAGCUAGCACUUCCAGAGGUUCUUCUUUAAGGGGUAGGCCAUGGAAACGAAGGUGGUGAGGGAUGGAGUUUAAAUAUUGCACCCCAGGAACAACAGUUCGAGUUGUAAUAGGUCGCCUGAAGAUGAUGUUCAAUGUGUCCAUUUAGAUUAUGUAACAUCUUAGAGCCGAAUCCAAGGAUUUGUAACAGUUUACUACCGUAAUAUAUAAGAUCGAGAAUAUGCACUAUUUAAGAGUCAAGUCCUAAGAAGCGUGACAGGGUGUGAAAAUUCCAUAGUCGUGAAAUCUACAAAGGUGUGUUCUUAUAUGUUAAAUUCGAGGACAAUGUCAAACCGAAGCAAAAAUACCUUCAGGGAUUUCUCAAAUCCAAUAAAAGUAAUGGUAUAACAUAUGCUAAUUAUGUUCUCAAAACAUUCCUCUAUUAUGAUCACAUUUCACGGUAUGAUUAUUAUCAACUCAC